AUGGAUUUAAAUAGGUUACCUAACGACGAGAAACUGCAGCUAUGUAAAUGGUAUUUUAAAGUUGGGUGUUUGCUGCUACCGUUUGUGUGGGCUGUGAACGCCGUAUGGUUCUUCAGAGAUGCAUUCAUGAAGCCACAAUAUGAAGAACAGAAGGAAAUUAAGAAAUAUGUGGUAAUGAGUGGCUGCGGAGCAAUCGCCUGGGGCUUAAUACUCGGAGUGUGGAUUCUCAUAUUCCAAUUGCAGAGAGUGUCGUGGGGAGCCACUGGAGAUGCUCUAUCGUUUAUAGUGCCUUUAGGACGAGCUUAA